AUGCUCACUGCUGUGAUGUCUUUCUUGGAUAUGCCCAUCGGCCCGAUUGCUUUCCCAAUCCCGAACAUCCGCUUCAGAGCGCCCUUGUGGAUCAGGCUUUGGAGGGCAGUCUUCCCCUUACGCCUGCGAUUCUGGAUAUACAGAGCUUACAAGGAAUAUCUCGAUAAGUUCAAUCCGAGAAGGACGAGUACAUACCGACUUGGACUCGGUCUGUACCUCAAGUUCGGCCCUCGAACCCAGAGUGCAGAAGCGCACGCGCUGUGGCUAGUCAAACAACACACGAAGGUCCCCAUUCCGACGGUGCUCGAUUACAUUGUGCUCACGCAGGCUUCCGGACGACCAUAUUCGUUUAUCUUGAUGACCGAGGUGCCAGGCCAGACGCUUGAAGAAGUUCAGGACACGCUUUCCGAAGACCAGCUGAACGAUAUCGGUCUGCAAAUCCGCGAACAUAUCGAUGCAUAUCGAAACGUCCCCAACCCCUACCCGAAUCAAAUCUGUGGUGCAUCUGGGGGACCGAUGUGGACUCCUCAGUUUGAUGACAUGUUCAGAAUACCUUCCUGUGCCGACGCGACCGAAUUUCAUGCAUGGAUGCGGAAGAGCCAGGCGAUGUGCUUGCCGCCGUCGAUGAUGGCCAAGUUCGAACCUACAUUCCAAGAUUUUAACGGACCAACGUUUUUCUUGCAUGGCGACCUUGCGGAUCGUAACAUCAUCAUACGCGACGGCAAGGUCUCGGGAUUGGUCGACUGGUCAACAUCAGGAUGGAUGCCCUUGUACUGGGAGUAUUUCACCGCGCUCGCAGCUGAUCGUCACCAGACGGAUGCGUUCAACAAGAUGAUCAAGGUCGCGCUGAGGGAUGAUUAUGAGGAUAUAAAGAGGAUGAUGCUAGCGAUUCGUACAUCCAGGGGAUGA